CUAAUAGGUAACGGUAUUGAGGCCUGGGGCUUCACUUAUAUCGCUUCACGACAACACACCGUGUGCAGUUGCUUUGAAGAAGGCAUCGACGACACCGUCAACCCAUACAAACCAUAUACAGGUAAAUUCUUCUGAAAGUAUGAAGCCUGUCACUAUAGCAACGGCACUUCUUCUUCACUUCUCCCUUACCCAAGCCUUCACGCCUAAACCCCACGUGACCUGCUCCCGGAGUUGGGUCAAGGUCGGCUGUUUCCAUGAUUCCCUCAGUCCCAGGCCCUUCCCGUACGAGCUCAUUAAUGAUCGAGACAUCUUCAGUAACCAUAGCGAUGGACAUCUCAUUGACUGGAGAAAGUGGAAAGAGUCAAUGCACAGCCUUGCGUGUCGAUGCGCUGAGAAGGCCCGCGCCAGCGGAUACCGGAUGUUUGGUCUGCAGUUUUACGGAGAAUGCUGGUCUGGGCCGAGUGCGGAGCUUAGAUACAGCAACGACGGGCCUUCAGAAAACUGUUUCCAGCAGCUCAUAAAACCUUACACAUGUGUCAAAAGUGAUCCUGUUGAGUGUGUAGGGGGAGCGAAGACGAACUACGUGUACAUGCUAACUGACAACACUCCUCCGUCCCAGGACCUUUACGUCGACGGUGGAUACACCACGUGGUCGGGAUGGUCAGGGUGUAGCAAGACCUGUGGUGACGGGGAGAAGAGUCGCGAGCGAACAUGCACCAACCCCACCCCCAAGGGGCACGGUCGCCCCUGCGAGCCUCGUCUUGGACCCUCCACCGAGACCGUGCAAUGUCGACUGGUCAACUGUCCACCAAAAUGCAAGCGAGUGCUGGAUGUGGGAAUCGUUGUGGAUUCCUCGGCCUCUGUUCACCGCGAGAACUUUUUUAAGGUCAAGGAAUUCUUGGACAAACUUGUCAGCGAACUUGAGAUUGGGCCGAGCAAAUCUCACGUGGGACUGGUUCGGUACAAUGAGGUGGCGGAUACUCUCUGGGACUUCAACGGCGCCGAGAACAAUAAUCUCAAGUCACUAAAGGAUGCCAUAGAGAAGAUCGAGUAUUUGCCCGGUGGCACACGCACAGACCUUGCCCUUAAAAAGGUUAACGAAGAUAUCUUCAGUCCAAUGGGCGGCGCGAGGAAAGACGUCCCACAAGUGCUGGUGGUGAUCACGGACGGCAAGACAAACCAAAGAAGCGAGCCUUACAGUAGUGUCCUACAGCCACUUAAGGACAAGGACGUCAAGAUCGUGGCGGUCGGCGUCGGGCACUCAAUUGGCAAGAAAGAGCUCGAUAUAAUUGCCCUUGGGGACGCUUCUAACGUGUUCAUGCUGGAAACAUUUGACGAUCUCGUCCGGCGCCUCAACGCCAUCAUGAACUCCUUCUGCGAUACAUUAUCUACUUAGACCAGGAAUGGUGGAUUAUAGAGUAAAGGUUCGAGAUGUUAAGAAUGUGUGAGCUUGUUGUGUUUAGUAAGAGAAAAGAGAGAAAGAUAAUAAAAGAUGUUAUUGCAA